AUGGAGCCCAGAGGAGGAAGAGGAGGAGGAGGAGGAGGAAGAGCCCUUUGCUGCCUCUGGGCGACCCUCCUCCUCGCCCCGCCAAGGGGGGCCGGAGCCCUGAAAGGUCAGGGGGCGCAGAGGGAGGGGGAGAUGUCUGGGGAGGGGUCCCAAGAGGGGGCUAGGGGGGAUAUGGGGAGAAGGAUUGCGCCCCUGGGCGUUGCUGGUGGGCAAAGGAGGAGGGGUCUCUUGGGCUAAGGGAGGAGAAGCCCCCUCCCCACGACAGGUGCAGAAGGGAAUACGGAGGGAUGGGGGGAGGAAUGGAAUUGGACGCCCCCCCCCCCCACGAAAGAGUGCUGGAAGGUGCGUGGAAUGGGAGGAUGACGGGCUAGGAGGAUUUGCUCCCUCAAAUAAGGUGGUCUAAAAAAGAAAUGAGAGUGGAAAACGGGAUGAAAACAGCAUUUCCCCCCUACACACACCAACUUAGAAGAUCGGAGUCUGUGCCCCUAGCCUUUCCUGUUACAAGGAGGGAAAGGGAAAUAAAACCAGAAUUAUUCUUCCUCUCUGUGGGCUCGGCUGCCACAGAGACCUGCCUGGUCCGGAAGUCCCCAGUGUUGGCCCCCAAAAGGCAUCAGCCCCCCACCCCAUUGCCCCCGAAGACGGAGUGGUCUCUCUCCUGGCACAAAAGGGGCCAUAUCGCCACUUGCCUGGCAGGGACCCCAGCCGGACGCAAAGGGACUCCACUCCCGAGAAGACGCGGUUUAGUUUGAGUGAGUGAGUGAGUGAGUGAACUCCAGAAGGAAGUCGCUUCAGGAAAGGAAAGAGGCAGGUGGCCAAUGGCCCCGUCUGCGUGUCCAACAGAUUUAUUUCUUUUAGAAAUAAGCCCAAAGCUUUAAUUCGUGGCAUGAGGCAACAAGGGGUGACUGUGGAUGAUCCACGGUUGAAAGAGGAAAUGCAUUUGUUACUGGUUUCACUUUGGGGCAAGGAGGAAAGUGGAGAUCUAGGCACAUGGAGACAUGGAUUGUUCUCUUGAAUGAUUAUUCCAACUUUCUACCACUCACCCACAUUCAAGUGCACCCAGGACCACCUUUUGGAAAUGAGGGGAUUUUAAAACUGACAUAUUUGUGUGUUUGGGAGCAGAUGAAGCCCCCCCCCUACUUAGAGAGCCUUCCUGGUGGUGGCCCCAUUCCUAGCAACGGGGCAGGUUCUCCCUCAUCCUGCUGCGGGGUCCUAAAGCCUCCCUCUCUCUCUCCCACCCCUGCAGUGGAGGACACCCUGGUGGAGCUGGACUUCUUCCAGGAGAGCUUCCCUUCGGAGAAGAAGUCCGGGGAGUUCCUGCUGGAGUUUGACAACGAGGAGAUCCUGCACGUGGACUGGGAGAAGAAGCAGAACGUCUGGAGGCUGCCGGAUUUCCAGCGCUUCACCAGCUUUGAGGUGCAGGGCGCCCUGGCCAACAUCGCCGUCAUGAAGAACAACAUGGAGGUGCUCAUGAAGCGAAGCAACCGCACCCGUGCCCUGAACGGUAGGACACGCGAGGGGGGCAGGGGAGAGAGCUGGGGGGCAGGCAGGGGGUGGUCUCUUGGCUUCUGACACGGAAGACCCUUCAGGACCCCUUUGUGCCUCCCCAGAGGGAACUCUGCUGGAGGGAGCCAGUCCUUGGCUGACUGAGACAGGCUAAAAGGGAAGGGAAACCUGGGGGGGGCAUAGCACUCUGUGCAAGCUCAGAGGCAUUCCCAAACCUGAACACCCGGUGCAGAAAUGCCCACAGCAGCUAAUGUAGGGCACAUGGUGUGGGAGAUUUUGCAGUCAUAUCUAACAAUGCAUAUUCUUGCUAGUUAGUAUGUGAAGGAGUCAAGUCCAAAGAGUUGCACUGGUGAUAGAGGGACUCAGACCAUAGAAAUGUAACUGGUAGAGAGGAAUUUGGGUGACGUUAUUUCUCCCUGCUCAGGGAGGAAGUAGUAUUUUCUUCUCUCUCUCCCUUUGACCAAUGAUGGAAGCAGACAGGGCCCCACUCACUCCAAUUUCAGGCACAUGCCUGAAGUUGUUUUUUUGCUGUAAAUGCAAAUAUUUUGUCUGUGUUGUUUUAAUGCUGUUGGUGCUGAGGAUGAAUGCUUGACUGUGAGCAAAUAUAUGUGUUAAACUUACUUUUCAGCCUGUAGCCUGUUUCUUUGUUGUUGUUUUUAUAAUAAUUUUUAUUCAUUUUCCAAACAUUUUUAUACAAUCAACACAUAUUUUAUCACUCAUUCAUCAAUUUUUGACUUCCCUCAGUUUCUCUGCCAAUCUUUCGUUAAAGUUUCCAUUGUUAACGCAUUUCUAAGCUUAAUAUUGCCUUUAAAAACUCCUUUUCCCUCUUACUCCCUUUUUUACAAUAUUUCUUAAUUUUUCACAGAGUCUCUUCAAAACCAACAAGCGUUGUCUGUAUAUCACAUAUACUUUUCAGAUAUUCUGUAAAUCUCCCCCAGUCCUCGAUAAAUUUUUGGUCUUUCUGGUAUCGAAUUUUCCCAGUCAGUUUGUCCAAUUCUGCAUAUUCAGUCAGUUUCCUUCUCCAUUCUUCCACUGUUGGAAUUUCUUCCUGCUUCCAUCUUUGGGCCAGAAGUGUCCUUGCUGCUGUCACUGCAUAUUGAAAAAGUUUACAGUCUUUCUUGUUAAUUUCAUUUCCUAUCAAUCCUAAUAGGAAGGCCUCUGGUUUUUUAACAAACGUAUAUUUCAACAUCUUUUUCAGUUCAUUAUAUAUCAUUUCCCAGAAGCCUUUCACCCUUGCACUCCCACCACAUAUGAUAGAAAGUUCCUUCUUUUUCUUUACAUUUCCAACACUUAUUACAUGUUUUAUACAUUUUAGCCAGUUUAACUGGCGUUAUAUACCAUCUGUAAACCAUUUUCAUUACAUUUUCCUUCAACGCCGAACAUGCCAUGAAUUUUAACCUUUCAUUCCAUAAUUUCAUCUAAUCAUCAUAUUGUAUAUUAUAACCAAAAUCUUCAUCUUUUGUGUGCCAUUCAAGCAACAUUUUAUACAUUUUAGACAGAUUUUUUGUAGCCUGUUUCUUUGAUGAACUGGGGACACAAAGGGGGAGAUCAGCCUAACAGCUAAUUGAUAUGCUUUCCAUUUCUAGACUGCUUCAAAUGGGUUUUAAUCCCAUUUCUUUCUCCAUCUCCUUCCUCAGUUGCUCCUUCGGCCACUGUGUACCCAGAAAACGCCGUGGAACUGGGGGACCCCAACGUCCUCAUCUGCUUUGUGGACAGGUUCUCCCCCCCAGUGCUGAACGUCACCUGGCUGAAGAACAACGAGGUGGUCUCCAAGGGCGUGGAGGAGACAGACUUCUACCCCAGCGUGGACAACACUUUCCGCAAGUUCUCCUACCUCCCCUUCGUCCCUGAGCAGGGAGACAUCUACGUCUGCCAAGUGGAGCACUGGGGCAUCCCAGAGGGAAAGAUGGAGAAGAUCUGGGGUAAGCACCGGGCAGGAUUGGCGCUUUUCUCUGGGUCUUGAACUCAGAAACCCAGAUUCAUGGCUUAUAAGAAACAAGUUCUGAAGAUCAGAGUAAUUUAUGCAGGUGAAGUACACUUGCAGUUUUGAAUAAUUUAUUCCUCUUGAGGUAGUUUCUCUCAGUUUAACUUAAAAGUGUAUAUUAAGGGGUGGUGCAGGUGUGUCAGGACUCUUGGGUUCUUUUUUCCACUGAACACACACAGAGAAACCCUUAGCCCUGUCCUCUCUCUCUCCAUCCCAGUUUCCAAGGCGCCCUCUCCCAUCCCGGAGACGAUGGAGAACGUGCUGUGUGCCCUGGGCUUGGCCUUUGGCAUCCUGGGCAUCAUCGCUGGCACCAUCCUUUUCUUCAAGGCCAUGAGGAUGAACGAUCGCAGGGGCUUCAUGUGAGUCGAACCCGUUUCCCUUCAGGGGCUGAGAGACAAAUGCAAGGGAAGCCAAAAUACACAGCAAAGGGUGGGGUGGGCCUCAUCCUGCCCAGAAGGUGCUCAGCCUCCAUACUCCCAGCUCACCAGCUCCCUUCUCCUUCCUUUUCAGAUAA